CUUAUCUCUCACUCACGUGCACACGAGCACAGCCGACGUCCACGCGCAGGGUUUCGGCUGCUGUUGCUAUGACGCAACGGCGCCUGCGCCGCAGGGAGCAGCGGGGAGUUGAAUGAGUCAAGUCCCCGGUCUGGAGGAGUUUGCCACCGUCAGGAGGGCGGCUGAGAGCAGGGAGGCCGACAGGGCAGGGAGGCCGACAGAGCAGAUCCGCAGCGGACGAUGGACGUCCACAACACGGGGCCGUGCGCUAGCCUCUGAGCUAGCCGUGUCAUGACGCGUGGCCGUGGAGUCUUUUCUCACACAUCUGCAGCCAGAGCACCACCACCACCUCCACUACCACACUAUACGCUCGCAUAGAGGGUCUGAUCCUUGCUGAUCUGGUCCUCUGAAGGGCUGAAGACUUUAACUCGGGUCGCCAUGGCUGAGAGGACCUCCAGCGGUCCGCUGAUGGAGCCGCCGCCGGCCGCCGCCGCCGUCGCCCUCCCGGCUGCCGCGGUGACACUCCCGGCCGAGGUCCGGGAGCGGCUGGCCGAGCUGGAGUUGGAGCUCUCUGAAGGGGACAUAACUCAGAAAGGCUAUGAGAAGAAGAGGGGGAAGCUGCUGGCGCCGUACAUCCCACAGAUACAAGGUGUAGACCCUUCCCUGCAGCGGGACCACCGGAUCCAGGUCUCUGCGCAGGCCCCCCUCCCUGGAAACAAAAACCCCAAGUCCCGGGCCACCAAUGCCAGGGAUGAGCGCUUCAGGUCAGACCUGCACACAGAAGCCGUCCAAGCGGCCUUGGCCAAGUACAAAGAGAGGAAGAUGCCCAUGCCCUCCAAGAGACGCUCGGUGCUAGUUCAGUCCUCCGUCGAGGCAUGCACCCCCCCAGACACAUCAUCGGCUUCGGAGGACGAGGGGUCGCUACGGCGACAGGGCCGCCUGACCACGGCCACCGCCCCGUUCCCGGGCCUCGCCCACCCCGGGGCGGAGCACUGGUUCAACCGCGUCAUCCAGGGCUCCUCCUCCACCACCUCAUCCUCCGCCUCCUCCACCUCAUCCCACCCCGGGGGACGGGGGGCCAACAGCAACACCACCGGCAACACCUCCACCAUCCCCGCCAACAACACCGCCCUCACCGCCAACAACACCACCAACAACACCGCCGUCACCUCCAACAACACCUCCGUCACCGCCAACCACAGCAGUGGCGGCGGGCACGUGCUCAACGCCAACGCCCUGGCCGACCUCAUGGCCCACACCCAGCUAGAUAACCACUGGGUCCCCCCCGACGUGACAGGGCUGUCGGAGCGCUCCCAGGGGGGCUCCAUGAGGGCCGCUCCCCAGGGACAUCACCACCACGCUGGUGUCAUGGAAACGGCAGAUGGGGUCCCGGUCAACAGCCGCGUCUCCUCUAAGAUCCAGCAGCUCCUCAACACCCUGAAGCGGCCCAAGCGACCCCCCCUCAGGGAGUUCUUCCUGGACGACUUCGAAGAGCUUCUGGAUGUCCAACAGCCUGACCCUCACCAGCCCAAGCCCGAGGGCCAGCAGAUGGGGCCCCUGGAGGGUGAGCCUCUGGAGGGGGGGGGGGGCCACCGGCCUCCCUCCCUGCUGGCAGCCCUCCAGCGCUGGGGGACCACCCAGCCCAAGAGCCCCUGUUUGACCGCACUGGACAACUCGGGCAAGGCCGUCUACACACUCACCUACGGUAAACUGUGGAGCCGCAGUCAGAAGCUGGCCUACAGCCUGCUGAACAAGCUGAGCAGCAGGAAUGAGCCGCUGCUGCUGCCUGGGGACAGAGUGGCGCUGGUGUUCCCGAACAGCGACCCGGUGAUGUUCAUGGUGGCGUUCUACGGCUGUCUGCUGGCCCAGCUUGUGCCUGUGCCCAUCGAGGUGCCUCUCACUCGGAAGGACGCGGGCAGCCAGCAGGUGGGCUUCCUGCUGGGAAGCUGUGGUGUGACGCUGGCGCUGACCACGGACGCCUGCCAGAAGGGCCUGCCCAAAUCCCAGACCGGGGAGGUGGCUGCCUUCAAAGGUUGGCCCCGGUUGCUGUGGUUUGUGACAGACAGCAAGCACGUUGUGAAGCCCCCCAAGGACUGGUACCCCCCCAUCCAGGAGGCCAGCAACUACAUUGCCUACAUCGAGUACAAGACCAGCAAGGAGGGCAGCACCAUGGGCAUCACCGUGACCCACGCGGCCAUGCUGGCCCACUGCCAAAGCCUGACCCAGGCCUGCGGCUACGCUGAAGCGGAGACCAUCACCAACGUGCUGGACUUCAAGAGGGAGGCGGGGCUGUGGCACGGGGUCCUCACGAGUGUUAUGAACCGAAUGCACGUGAUCAGCAUCCCCUACUCCUUGAUGAAGGUCAAUCCACUCUCCUGGAUCCAGAAGGUGCACACCUACAAGGCCCGGGUGGCGGUGGUGAAGUCCCGGGACAUGCACUGGUCCCUGCUGGCCCAGAGGGACCAGAGGGACCUCAGCCUGAGCUCCCUGCGCAUGCUGAUCGUAGCGGACGGAGCCAACCCCUGGUCGAUCUCCUCCUGCGAUGCCUUCCUCAACGUGUUCCAGGCUCGCGGUCUGCGUCCUGAGGUCAUCUGUCCUUGUGCCAGCUCUUCAGAAGCCAUGACCGUCGCCAUCCGCAGACCCCCAGAGUCGGGGGUGCCCCCCCCGGGGAAGGCGGUGCUCUCCAUGGGUGGGCUGAGCCACAGCGUGAUCCGCGUCGACACGGAGGAGAAGCUGUCGGUGCUGACCGUCCAGGACGUGGGUCAGGUGAUGCCCGCAGCCCUGGUGUGUGUGGUGCGGGUUGAGGGCACGCCGUACCUGUGCCAUACGGACGAGGUGGGGGAGAUCUGCGUGAGCUCGGCCAGCACCGGCACCGCCUACUACGGCCUGCCGGGCAGGACCAAGAACGUCUUUGAGACCAUCCCAGUAAAGCUGUCUGGGAUCCCAGUGAGCGACCGGCCAUUCACACGCACAUCGCUACUGGGCUUCGUGGGUCCGGACAGCCUGGUGUUCGUGGUGGGGAAGAUGGACGGCCUCAUGGUGGUCAGCGGGCGGAGACACAAUGCAGAUGACGUGGUUGCCACGGCGCUGGCCGUGGAGCCCAUGAAGUUUGUCUACAGGGGGAGGAUAGCGGUGUUUUCCGUGGCCGUGCUCCACGAUGAGAGGAUCGUGGUGGUGGCGGAGCAGCGGCCUGACGCCUCCGAGGAGGACAGCUUCCAGUGGAUGAGCCGCGUGCUGCAGGCCAUCGACAGCAUCCACCAGGUGGGAGUGUACUGUCUGGCGCUGGUCCCCGCCAACACGCUGCCCAAGGCCCCACUGGGGGGCAUCCACAUCUCGGAGACCAAGCAGCGCUUCCUGGAGGGCUGCCUGCACCCCUGCAACGUGCUCAUGUGCCCCCACACCUGCGUCACUAACCUGCCCAAGCCCCGGCAGAAACAAGCCGAGGUCGGUCCAGCUUCCAUGAUAGUGGGAAACCUAGUUGCUGGGAAGAGGAUCGCCCAGGCCUGCGGGAGAGACCUGUCCCAGCUGGAGGACAAUGACCAGGCACGUAAGGUAGAUAGCAGCUCCAUUCCACCUCCACAGAAUCAGUUCCUGUACAUGCAGGACGUGCUCCAGUGGAGAGCUCAGGCCACCCCUGACCACCCUCUCUUCCUGGUGCUCAACGCCAAGGGCGCGGUGGUCAACUCCGCCUCGUGUCUACAGCUCCACAAGAGAGCCGAGAGGGUUGCCGUGGCACUCACGGAGAAAGGUCGCCUGAACGCCGGUGAUCAUGUUGCUCUGGUGUACCCGCCAGGGAUCGACCUGAUCGCCACCUUCUACGGCUGCCUGUAUGCUGGCUGCGUCCCGGUCACCGUGAGACCCCCCCACCCCCAGAACCUGGCAACCACCCUGCCCACCGUCAAGAUGAUCGUAGAGGUCAGUAAGUCAGUGUGUAUCCUGACGACUCAAGCAAUAAUGAAGCUGCUCAAAUCCAAAGAGGCUGCUGCCGCCGUAGACGUUAAAAGCUGGCCUAUGGUCCUGGACACAGACGACCUUCCCAGGAAGAGGACCCCCCAGCUCUACAAGCCCCCCACCCCGGAGAUGCUGGCCUACCUGGACUUCAGCGUCUCCACCACGGGCAUCCUAGCAGGAGUCAAGAUGUCCCAUGCUGCCACCAGUGCCUUGUGUCGCUCCAUCAAGCUCCAGUGUGAGCUCUACCCCUCCAGGCAGAUCGCCAUCUGUCUGGACCCCUACUGUGGCCUGGGCUUUGCUCUCUGGUGCCUCUGCAGUGUGUAUUCAGGCCACCAGUCCAUCCUGGUGCCCCCUCUGGAGCUGGAGACCAACGCGUCUCUGUGGCUGUCUGCCGUCAGCCAGUACAAGGUCCGCGUGACCUUCUGCUCCUACUCUGUCAUGGAGAUGUGUACCAAGGGGCUGGGCUCGCAGACCGAGGCCCUGAGGCUGAGGAACGUCAACCUAUCCUGCGUGCGGACGUGCAUGGUGGUGGCGGAGGAGAGGCCGCGCAUCUCCCUCACCCAGACCUUCUCUAAGAUCUUCAAGGACUUGGGGCUCUCCACCAGAGCCGUCAGCACCACCUUUGGGUGCCGUGUCAACGUGGCCGUCUGCCUGCAGGGCACGGCAGGACCGGACCCCACCACGGUCUACGUGGACAUGAGGGCCCUCCGGCACGACAGGGUCCGUCUGGUAGAGAGGGGGUCACCUCACAGCCUUCCACUGAUGGAGUCUGGGAAGAUCCUGCCUGGCGUUAAGGUGAUCGUGGCCAACACAGAGACCAAGGGGCCCCUCGGGGACUCCCACCUUGGAGAGAUUUGGGUGAGCAGCCCCCACAAUGCAACGGGGUACUACACCGUGUACGGAGAGGAGGCGCUGCACACGGACCACUUCAACACCAGACUCUGCUUUGGAGACACAGUCACCAACUGGGCCAGGACGGGCUACCUGGGGUUCCUGCGUCGCACAGAGCUGACCGACGCCAGCGGAGAGCGCCACGAUGCCCUCUAUGUGGUGGGCUCCCUGGACGAGACGCUGGAACUGAGGGGGAUGCGGUACCACCCCAUCGACAUCGAGACCUCCGUUAUCAGGGCCCACAAGAGCAUCGCUGAGUGCGCGGUGUUCACCUGGACCAACCUGCUGGUGGUGGUGGUGGAGCUGGAGGGCUCUGAGCAGGAGGCCUUGGACCUGGUGGCCCUGGUCACCAACGUGGUGCUGGAGGAGCACUACCUGAUUGUGGGCGUGGUGGUGGUUGUGGACCCCGGCGUCAUCCCCAUCAACUCACGUGGGGAGAAGCAGCGCAUGCACCUCAGGGACGGCUUCCUGGCCGACCAGCUGGACCCCAUCUAUGUGGCCUACAACAUGUGAGGCGUUGGGGCAGUGUGGCGCCACCGGUAGAGGCCUGUGCCCUUCAGGAAGUCCAGCGUUGCAGGAGGACGAGGUUAGGAGGGCUGCGGGUCAUCAGACGGGGGAGGGAAAGGUCAGAAGGCUGAACAUCACAGGCCCAAACUCCUCUAAAGGACUGGGAGCAGCUUUUGGUUGGGGUUCAGCUGGGAUGUGUUUGUGCUGCAGAACUCCCAUGGUCAGGGGAAGCAUUGAGUAGCUCUCAGAGCCGUUCACACCACACCAUGUCUGCUCUGUGGUUUAGAACGGCUGUGUUCUGCCAUCAGUUUUGUCGUCGGGCCCCUUGAACCUAAAUCUGUUUGACUCUCAUCUGUGUUUUUUCUGAAAUCUAUUUGGUUCCCAAUGUUAUGAAAAACUCGUUCUGUCUGGAGUCAGUGAUAAUUCAUGUGGAAGAAUGGGUGUUUUCUUAAAGUAAGAUUUUAUUACAGACUAUCAAGCGAAAGGCUACACGCUAAUUGAAACGCUACGAUAUUUGGUUCCCAAUAAGGUUUGACUAAAUUGUCCUCAUGUGUUUAUCUAAUGUUGAUCAUCAUGUUUGUCAAUCAUCAAUCCUGUUUCUUAAUGUUAAAGGAUCUGGGUUUCUCAUGAUAGAUGAGUUGAUAUAUCUCGUGAAUUUCUUCAUGUUAAAAGUGCCGCAGAUUGUUCUCGUAACACAACACACUUUUUUGAAAAUGAAAACCCUCUGCUGCGGAUGAGUUUAUCGAUUUUGCUUUAUAUUCUUUCCUAUAGUCCCAUGAUUUGAUCAAAUAAAAUGCAAUACAACCAAUAUGGAAGUUGCAAGAUCACAGCAAUGCAUUCAAUACCAUAAUCCAUUAUAUAAGGAUGUUUAUAGAAGAUAUAUAUUUAUACAUAGGGAUCAUUGUGUACAACACUGUUUAUUUCUUCUUGUCGUUAACCUCGUCCCACUUGGUUUGUCACAGAUAUGUUGUGUGGAUGUCUCAACUCUCCGCAGUCAUCAGUCAUUCUGGAUGUUGCCAACAAAGUUUGAUUUUGUUCUGUUCUUGAUUUGCAUGUGCUUUAUGAGUCCGAUUUGUGAUAGGCUGCACCAGACCCCCCCCCCCUCCCCCUUCAUAAUAUCUAAUGAAUAUGAAAUAUGUAAGAUAACUUUUAUUUUUUAUUUUAAAUCCACUUUGAAGACAGGCUUCAGGCCUGCUGUAAGUAUGUACAGGAUUUGUGUAAGUUAUUAAGAGACUAUCGACGGACACUCCUGGUAGGUUCAUAACAAAGACUGGAUCUAGUGAACCAUGAACUGCCCGCUCACCUGAACUGCAGACAUGGUUGGAGUGUUUUUCUACUGAAUGACCUUCAGGCUGUGUCCUAUGGCUUCAGUCAAAUAAAGAAGAUUCCAUGCAGACUCUGGGAUGCUUCUGCUCCGAGAGGACUUACUCCUCAUUGGACCAUGAGAAGAUGCAAUUGUCUGGCGUGUGGUUGGUUGUCAUUAUUUUUCAUACCAUAAUUUCUUAUUAAAAGAAAACUUUACUUAUACAAGUUGAA